AUGUCGAGAUUUGUAUUACUCCUUUUAUUAUUAUUCAUUAUUUGUAUAGCGGCGGUUCUUUCAAGACACCUUAUAUGGGAUCCUUUACUUCAUGGAAUUACUCCAGAAGCAAAGCGGGACUAUGACAAAGCAAUAUCUAAAGGAAAUAUUCGAUUAGCUGAGGAAAUACGACAUAGAAUUGGACAUGAAAUUAUUAGUGCCUUUUGGGCUGGAGUUCAUGUUAGUCAACUACGCCCAAUUAUGAAGGAAUGGGAUUUGGAUUUUAGUGCAAUGAAGAAAUAA